CAUUUGGACCUUCCUAAGAGGGAAGACGCGUCCCCAGCAGGCGGGACGGGCAGACGCCCCGGGUUGUGCACUGCUGCCUUCUCCACAUUUACCUAAACGAUAAGGGAGCAAAAGUGAAAUUGAUAUAACACUCUUAGUCAUUUUCAGUACUAAAGGUCUCUCCAGCCAGGGCACCUGUCCCAGCCGUCUGCUGUGUACAACGCACACGUUGGGUUCAUUCGAGCGCGUCCCUAUAUUCCUGAGGAAUCAUUCCCUUCGCUGGAUCCGCUCCAGCUCAGCCUCGCCCCAUGCUUGAACCCUGUCUACAGAGGUCACUGAAUAGGGGCGCCAGCCGGGUGACACGACGGGACUCAUUUUUCAAGGCGGAAGAAUACUAAAGUACCAAGAAUGACAACUUUUAUAAGAAGAGGAAAGUCCCCUCCACUUUGGACCCAUUGGGGCUUUCUUCUUUUCCAGCAAAACUUUUCCAUGGCCAUGCAAAAAAUCUUUGCCCGGGAAAUCCUGGACUCCAGGGGCAACCCCACGGUGGAGGUGGACCUGCACACAGCCAAGGGUCGAUUCCGAGCAGCUGUGCCCAGUGGAGCUUCCACGGGUAUCUAUGAAGCACUGGAACUCCGAGAUGGAGACAAAGCAAGAUACCUGGGGAAAGGAGUGCUGAAGGCUGUGGAGCACAUCAACAAGACUCUAGGUCCUGCUCUGCUGGAAAAGAAACUAAGUGUUGUGGAUCAAGAAAAAGUUGACAAGUUUAUGAUUGAGCUGGACGGGACCGAGAAUAAGUCCAAGUUUGGGGCCAACGCCAUCCUGGGUGUGUCCCUGGCCGUCUGCAAGGCUGGAGCAGCUGAGAAAGGGGUCCCUCUCUACAGACACAUCGCAGAUCUUGCAGGGAAUCCCGACCUCGUACUCCCUGUGCCUGCCUUCAAUGUGAUCAAUGGCGGCUCUCAUGCUGGGAACAAGCUGGCCAUGCAGGAGUUCAUGAUCCUGCCGGUGGGAGCCAGCUCUUUCAAGGAAGCCAUGCGCAUCGGCGCUGAGGUCUACCACCACCUCAAGGGGGUCAUCAAGGCCAAGUAUGGGAAGGACGCCACCAAUGUGGGGGACGAGGGUGGCUUUGCACCCAACAUCCUGGAGAACAAUGAGGCCCUGGAGCUGCUAAAGACAGCCAUCCAGGCAGCCGGUUACCCAGACAAGGUGGUGAUCGGCAUGGAUGUAGCGGCCUCUGAAUUCUACCGCAACGGCAAGUAUGAUCUGGACUUCAAGUCACCCGAUGAUCCUGCCAGGCACAUCAGUGGGGAGAAGCUUGGGGAGCUGUACAAGAACUUCAUCAAGAACUAUCCCGUGGUCUCCAUUGAAGACCCCUUUGACCAGGAUGACUGGACCACAUGGACCUCAUUCCUCUCUGGGGUGGACAUCCAGAUUGUGGGAGAUGACCUCACGGUCACCAACCCUAAGAGGAUCGCUCAGGCCGUGGAGAAGAAGGCCUGCAAUUGCCUGCUCCUGAAGGUCAACCAGAUCGGCUCCGUGACAGAGUCCAUCCAGGCCUGUAAACUGGCACAGUCUAAUGGCUGGGGAGUGAUGGUGAGCCACCGCUCUGGGGAGACCGAAGACACUUUCAUUGCUGACCUUGUGGUGGGACUCUGCACAGGACAGAUCAAGACUGGUGCCCCCUGCCGUUCAGAGCGUCUGGCAAAAUACAACCAGCUUAUGAGGAUUGAGGAGGCCCUUGGGGACAAAGCUGUCUUUGCUGGACGAAAGUUCCGUAAUCCAAAGGCCAAAUGAGAAGCUGGAGACUCCAGGAUUUCACAGGAAAGACACAGGCCUUCAAGCCCUUCUCUCAGAAAUAAACACUGCCAAACAAGA